CGGGCGGCUCCUCCUGGUCGCGAACUCUCCCUGACCUUGGCGGGGUCGCUGUGAUGCUCUGAACCGGCGCCACCGUCGGUAAAAUGGGACUCCUAAGCCCCGCGUCCUCCAAGGGUCGUUUUGCGGCUCAGUGGCGGGAACCCCCUCACGGUGCCUUGGAGUAACCGGGCGGUUUGGCCGGGGACUCGACCACCUCCGGUGACUGGCAUGCAGAUGCCCAUGCUCUGACGUUGCUGCCCCUCUACUGACAUGGCCCACCGGGGUGGGGAGAGGGACUUCCAGACUUCGGCUCGGCGCAUGGGCACCUCGCUGCUCUUCCAGCUGUCAGUCCAUGAGCGGGAACUGGACCUGGUUUUUCUGGAUCAUAGCUAUGCCAAACCGUGGAGUGCCCACCCAGAUGCCAGCAGUGCCCGCCCCACCCGCAUGCUCUUUGUUACUCCCCGUCGACAGCAUGAAGCUACCAUUGACUCAGACGUCCCAAUAGAUGUUGAGACCAUCACGUCAGCCCCUGUACCGCUGUAUGACAAUCAGAAGGCACGCAGCGUGAUGAACGAAUGUGAACGGCAUGUCAUCUUCGCCAGGACCGAUGCGGAUGCCCCUCCCCCUCCAGAGGACUGGGAGGAGCAUGUCAACAGGACUGGCUGGACAGUGGCCCAGAACAAGCUAUUCAACAAGACCCUCAAAGCCCUGCAGUGUGACCGGCUUGCCCGCCUGGCCAAUGAAGGGGCUUGUAAUGAGCCAGUGCUGCGCCGUGUUGCUGUGGACAAGUGUGCAAGGAGAGUACGACAGGCCCUGGCAAGUGUAAGCUGGGACACCAAGCUGAUCCAGUGGCUACAUACUACCCUCGUGGAGACCUUGAGUCUGCCCAUGCUGGCAGCCUACCUGGAUGCUUUGCAGACGCUGAAAGGGAAGAUCCCAGCCUUGAUUGACCGAAUGCUUGUGUCUUCCAACACGAAGACUGGGGCUGCAGGAGCUGAGGCCUUGUCCCUCCUCCUGAAGCGGCCAUGGGACCCUGCCAUCGGGGUGCUUUCUCACAACAAACCAAGCAAACUCCCAGGCUCUCCUCUGAUCCUCAUCGCCUCCUCGGGCCCCUCCAGCUCUGUGUUCCCCACCUCACGUCGCCACCGCUUCUGGCAGUCUCAGCUCUCCUGCUUAGGCAAGGUCAUCCCUGUAGCCACUCAUCUAUUGAACAAUGGCAGUGGGGUAGGAGUUCUGCAGUGUCUCGAGCAUAUGAUUGGAGCAGUGAGAAGCAAAGUGCUGGAGAUUCACAGCCAUUUUCCACAUAAACCCAUUAUCUUGAUUGGUUGGAACACAGGAGCUUUGGUGGCCUGUCACGUGUCUGUGAUGGAGUGUGUCACUGCAGUUGUCUGCCUUGGGUUUCCUCUCCUCACUGUGGAUGGCCCCAGAGGGGAUGUGGAUGAUCCACUUUUGGAUAUGAAGACUCCAGUCCUCUUUGUCAUUGGUCAGAAUUCCCUGCAGUGUCACCCUGAAGCCAUGGAGGACUUCCGGGAGAAGAUUCGGGCUGAGAACAGCUUGGUGGUGGUUGGAGGCGCUGAUGACAAUCUCAGAAUAAGCAAAGCAAAGAAGAAAUCGGAAGGCUUGACUCAGAGCAUGGUGGACAGAUGUAUUCAGGAUGAGAUUGUGGAUUUCCUUACGGGAGUGCUCACUCGCACUGAAGGCCCUGUGGGCUCUGAGCCUCGGGAUCUGGAUGCUGAGAAGAAGAAGAAGCCUCGUGAUGCCGCCCGUCGGGACCUGGCCUUCGAAAUUCCGGAGCGGGGCAGUCGGCCUGCCUCCCCUGCUGCCAAGCUGCCCGCCUCACCCUCAGGCUCGGAGGAUCUUUCCAGUGUGUCCAGCAGUCCCACCUCCAGUCCCAAGACCAAAGUGACCACAGUCCCCUCUGCCCAGAAGUCCAGUCAGAUUGGCAGCUCUCAGCUGCUGAAGAGACACGUGCAGCGGACAGAGGCUGUGCUGACCCACAAACAAGCCCAAGCACAGUUUGCUGCUUUUCUGAAACAAAAUAUGCUGGUGAGGAAAGCUCUUCCUCCUGGCGCCUCCUCCUGUCUCUUUGUUCCCAUUUCAUCAGAACCAACGGAGGAGGCAGAGAAAGAGGAUCUUAGGGUCCAGCUGAAGCGACACCACCCCUCCAGUCCUCUGCCUGGCAGUAAGACCUGCAAGCGACCAAAGAUCAAGGUGUCCCUGAUCUCCCAAGGGGACACCCCUUCCCAAGGAGGUGCUGAAGCUGCAGGAGGGAAACCCAUCACCAUGACACUAGGACAGGCUUCAGCAGGGGCCAAGGAGCUCACUGGACUCCUCUCCACAACCAGGUCAAGUGCUUCUGAAGGUGGAAUCACAGCUGGCCCAACCCCCUCAAUGGUGUCCAGCAGCACCACACCCAGCACCUUGCACACACUCCAGAGCCGACUGGUGGCCACCUCUACAGGCAGCUCCCUCCCAGGGGCCACAUCAGCCAGCAGCCUUCUCCAAGGCCUCAGCUUCAGCUUGCAGGAUAUCAGCAGCAAGACCUCUGGCCUCCCUGCAAAUCCUUCCCCAGGGCCCACUCAACAGGCCACCAGUGUGAAGUUGCCCACCCCCAUGCAGAGCCUGGGUGCCAUCACCACGGGCACCAGCACCAUUGUCCGUACCAUUCCUGUGGCCACCACUCUCUCCUCCUUGGGUGCCACUCCUGGUGGGAAGCCCACAGCCAUCCACCAGCUGCUGACCAAUGGGGGCCUCGCUAAGUUGGCAAGCAGCCUCCCUGGCCUGGCUCAGAUCUCUAACCAAGCAUCAGGCUUGAAGGUCCCCACCACCAUUACACUGACUCUGCGUGGCCAGCCGAGCAGAAUUACCACACUGAGCCCUAUGGGCUCAGGAGCAGCCCUGUCAGAGGAGCCCACUUCCCAGGUGCCACCCUCCAGCUCCCAGCGCCUGCCUCCAGCACCCUGAAGAUGCUGUGUGAUAAUAUCCUCCUUACCAGUUGGUGAUGAUGGCCUCACGGUGGGCCCUGGGCACAUAUGUGGUUCUGCUGAGCUGUCCAGGUGUCUGAAGACCUCUCUAAGACAGUCAUUUUUGCUCUCUGCCAGCUGUCUUCAGGCUGGGCCUCUGAGUCUUGCAAAACGUCGAUCUAAGAGAUUACGCAUCAGUCAGGGGAACAACACCCUCCAGGAUCUGCAAGUCUGGUUCCUACAGUCUCCAGCGUCCUUGGUAGAUCUGGCUAUGUAUAGGUCAUAGGCACUCCACCCCCUCCAUCAGCUGUGAUUUCACCCAGGUGUCACUGUGGAGAGGCUUGCUGAGUCUGGUAAUGGAUUGUCCUUUUGGAAGGCUGUCCUGUGAGCCUGCACAGUUGGAAGGAGAAAACCACGUGCUCUGAGCCGUAGGAGUCAUUGAGAUUGAGAACUUGGGUCAUCUUGGCUCACAGCUGCUGGUUCCAGACCAGGAGGGCCUGUUGUGAGCCUCACUGUGGCCUUCACUGGCAGCCUUGGGAAACUCCCUCAAACCACAUCAUACAUUAAGCGACCUGCCACUCUAGAUUGUGAUCAGCAGUGGUCAGCAGGAAGAGAAAGUGGACCCAUUUCUUUUUCAUCAUGGUCUGAGAGGCUCCUGUGUCCAGAGAGCUGGCAGGUCCAAAAGCUGAAGAAGAGCAAUGGACGAGAAAAGGCAUUUGUGGCAGGUCAUGCCAGGGAGUCCUCCACUGGAACCUCUAGGCAUGGGAUUCAGGUUGAGGCACCUGAGGAGCUGGUGAUUGAGCUGGUGAUGAGAAGUAGAAUUUUCCAAGUCAAAGGGAAGAAACUCCAGUCCUGUCUCCAGUGCCUGGAGGUGGAGCAGUGGCAGACGGUUGAGCUGAUGUCCUUGCUGGCACAGGAAGCUGGAGGGCAUCAGGAGGACAAAGGCUACACUUCAGUGUUUCUAUUCCUCAGAAUUUUAAUCUUCCUCUUUCCAAGUGGGAAGAUUACUGGCAGUGACUAUUAUGUAGGGCUCUUGGCAGCCGCCUAAGCCCAGUAGGCUACAGUGCCUGGAAGAGGGGUCAGUGAGGAGCUCUGACCCUUCCGCCUUACCUAGUCACAACACUUGUAUGCAAAGGUAGUUUUAGGUUUGCUUUGAACAUGUCCCCUCCAAAGCAGAGUGUUUCAAGUCAAGGUGACAGGUUAAGUAACCCAAGUGUGGCUCUGUAUUCUAGAUAAAGCCUACCCGUAAUAUGGCUCAAAUUGGAGUCCAGGGUUCUGACCCACAGUAUAGUGUAUAUCUAUUUCAGGUUACCUGUGUGCAACCCAAGGGCCUCACAUGUGGUCUGAGUGGCAGCCAGAAGGAAGGAGUGAGCUGAGGAGUCUCAGGCAGGUCAUAGUAUUAGGACUGAGGAGAGGUGUGUGUGUGUGAGAGAGAGAGUGGGAUGGAGGGAUACAGGUCACAGUGUUAGGAGUGAGGAGAGGUGUGUAUGUGUGUGCUUGUGUGAGUGAGAGAGAGAGAGAGAUGGGAUGGUGGGGUACCAGAAACACCACACCUUCCCUUGCUGACCUGCAGAGCUGGUCUCUGUAGUGACUCACUCACAGAGAACUAGGCUGCACUUUCUGAAUUAUCUGGUAAAUAACUGCUUUCUGAAAUUCAGGAGGCACUUAGUGAAUUUGAGGAAGCUAUGAAAUCUGUAAGAGACCUCCAGGGCUUAGGGGUUUUGAUAGCUUUACAGACAGGAACAAAACAGUCGAGAGUGGCCUGUGGGGCUCAGUGAAGCUCUGAGAAAUCUCAGAAGGCCCUGAACAACCCAGGAUGUAGGAGAGCAGCCAGGGCAGUGCUGGGGAACUGCUCUGGGGAGAUGGUAGCCCAGUAUGUGCUGGGACCAAAGGAAAACAACACAUGGUCCUACUUUUGUGGCUGAUCCUAGUGUGCUUCCCCUGGGUGGGUUGGGCUGUACGCUUUGAAGACCGCCACACCUGGAAAAGGAGCUGGGAGCGCACUGGUGGCUCUUUGCUGUGGAGGCACGAGCUCAUGCACAUGGCAGAAGUCAUAGAGUUGCGUGUUACCCAAUUCCCUUCUCAAACCACACUGCUUGAAAUGUGAAAGGAGGCUUUACUCUACCUGUCUCAUAGCAGACCUGGAAUCUAACCUCAGAAGGUGAUGCUGUUGCUGGAAAACAUAGAAGGAUCAAGCAGUCUGUCAAUUUUUGGAUGAGAGAGCAUGUUCGUGCCCUAUGGAAGAUUAUCUUGGGCUUGGAGAAGAGAUCACUGAGAGAGGAAGACCUUCUGUUCAUUCCUGGUCCCACCACUGGACUGGGCUUGGGUGGGCGGGCCAAGGUGGAGCUCCAGGGAUAGUGGUUCUUUUGUUAGUCAAAAUAAAAUUUUGAAAAAACCAAUUUUGGGAUUGCUUCAGCAUA